UUUUUCAACGUCUCUGCUCCAUUUCCACUUCCCGAUCGCUCUACUUCUCUUCGAGGCUUCCAAUUUCUCGAACUUUCCACCCUACGAUCUACUGCAACGAUGGUGAGAGGCUCAUCUCAAUCUCAGACUACCUCCUCUUCUGCCACUUCCCGACCAGGCCCCGUCGGCGUUGUACCUCGCGGCACCCCUGCUGCCACUGCUGGCAUGCGACGCCGUCGUCUCGGCACCGGAUCUUCCUCCGGGUUCAGUGGGGGAAGCGGUGGUAAUAGUGGAAGCAACAUGCUCAGGUUCUACACCGACGAUGCUCCUGGCGUCAAGAUCACUCCAACUGUUGUCCUUGUCAUGAGCGUCUGCUUCAUCGGCUUCGUCACCGCUCUUCAUGUAUUCGGCAAACUCUACCGCCGUUCCUCCGUUGAAGCUUGAAUUUCGAUGGAUCUGAUCUAGGAUUUCACGCUUUUGUUGUAUGAUUUGAGCUUUCAUGAUCGUAAACCUACUCCAGUAUGUCACUAAUUUCUCUGAUCUGUAAAUACGUUCUCCUUGCAUCUCAAAUCCUGUUUCCAUGUCAUCCUUCCAAAAGGAGAGAUAUAAAAGAUCUUUAGUUUUAAUUUAUCAAUUCUUCGUGUUUUUGGAGGUUCAAAUUAUGAGAUACUUGCACGAUUUCCGAUUUUUGUUUGCUAAUUUCAUGACCAAGGUUUCGUAUC